AUGACAUGUAACAUUACUCAGGCAAGAGAGUCACCAGAACCUACAUUUGACAUCUCAAGAUGUGAAAUAUCUGAAGCGUUGCUGCUCCAUGACAAUUGGUUGAGUUCUUUCAGAGGUGGUGGAAGCCUUCGUGAUCUUGCUACUUUAAGGCGUGUAGACGGAGACACUCGGAAGGAGAUUAUUCGUCUUUUCUUUGAUGGAAAUAGUUUGCGAAUGAUCGCCAAGGAAGUUGGACUAGCGAGGGCAACGGUCCAAGGGAUUGUGAGGCAUGUCCGUCGCACCGGUUGGAUACGUUUCGACAAGAGUAGUGGCCGUCGUCGACUGAAAUCUACACAGGAAAUCGUUGAGUUUAUGGAAUUCCGUCUCUUACAGAAACCAUCCCUAACGGCAAAGGAAAUACGCAUGUCUCUCUUGAGGGAAAAUAUUUGCGUACAGGAAAAUUUGCCUUCGGUGCGUAUGGUACAUCAUAUAAUGAAAAGUGAUUUGAAUUAUUCGUUCAAAAAAAUAAGUCAAACUCCUACUGAGCAAGUUACUGAAAGAAAUAUGGAACGAAUAUUACAAUAUAUAGACACUGUUUCUCAGCUUGAUCCACAAACUUUGCACUUUUUCGACGAGACUGGUGUAAAGAGAACGACGCCAAAUCGCAAUUACGGUCACAGUUUACGCGGUCAAAGAGCUGUCGAGUUUCAACGCUAUGCUUCUGACGUCAAUUUUACAGUACUUGAUCUGCACAGUAAUGAAUUCAGUGAAAUUCCUGAAGAAUUUGGAGAGCUACUGUCAUUGCAGGUCUUGAACAUCAGUUUCAACAAAAUUAAAAAACUACCAAAGUCUAUCGGCAAAUUACAGUCACUUCAGACUUUGAUACUUAAAGGGAAUAAAUUGCAAGUAUUGCCUCAAGAGAUUUCUAAUUUGGGUAGUCUACGUACACUGGAUUUAUCCAACAAUAGUAUUAAGUCAUUGCCGAGUGAUUUCCAUCAGAUUAGGACUUUAGAAAAUAUUAUCUUGGAUGUGAAACAGAUGACAAUGCCACCUUCUGCUAUAUGCAGUGAAGGAACUGAUGCAAUCAUGAAGUACCUCUGUUCAGUUGCUGGAACUGAAUACUAUCCACCUUCCAAGUUUCUACUCAACCUGUUGGAAGUGCCAACAACAAUGACCACCACUUUCAGUGCUAACUCCUUGAAAGCAAUUCUAGAUGACGACAAUGCAUUGCAAGAUACUCUUACACAGUACGAGAAAGCCAAGGAACAAAAGCGUUUGCAAGCUGUAGAAUUGGAGCGACAGUUAGAGGAACACCAGAAAGAACAAGCUGAGAUAAUAGUGAAAGCUUCUGAACAAAGAGAAGAUAUAAUUAACAUCAUUGCAGAGGAUCAAGAUAAAAUGGAUAAAGGCAUCAGAUCACAGGUUGAGAAAAGCCACCAAGAACAGAUGCAGCUGGUAUCAUUGUUAUACCAAGUUGAGAAGAACUCCCAGUUGUUGAUGAAUCAGUUGUUGCAAAUGAAUGAGAAGGCUCGCAAGACUGAAGAACUACUGGAAGCACUUGAAAGAGAAAGAAUGGAACUGGACGAAACAUUUAAAAUUGCUUAUGAAGAACACAAUAACCUCAGGGAGAAGGAUGUCUUAGAGUCUAUGCAUGUCAUGCUGAAAGAAACUUACAACUUAGAGUUAUUACGUCAGACCUAUGAAGCUAGGAAGGUUGAGAUUGUUAAAACAACACAAAUAGGUGAAUGUAAUAAUACUGACAAGUUGGAGUUAUUGCUGCAUGCCAAGGAGAUGAAUAAAGAUUCACUGAUGAAGCAGUUAAUGAAAGAUGAAAAGUUUCAAAUGGAAGCCUUUGAAGCCCUGCAACUGGAGAAAGAUGCCAAAAACCAGCGUGUUAAUGCUCAGAUUGCGUUGAUUCAGCAGCAGUUAGCUGAGUUGUCACUAAUAGAGUGGGAGAAGAGGAAUGAGAGAUCAGAGACUGAACAGCAUAUACUUCAGAUGAGACGUAGUGAACUCACAAAUAUGCUGCUCCAGCUGAUGGAUGAACAAGAUAGCAGACAACAAGAACUUAAGAAAAGACUGCUUGAAAUGGAAAGAAAAAGGGAAGAUGAUGCUGUUGAUUACUGGCUUGUGCAAUAUCAACGUUUAUUGGAUCAAAAACCACAGUCAUUGAUUGACCAUGAGCACAAUUUAGAAAUUGCCGUGAUGAAGAUUUUAUCAAAGGCUAAAGCUGAUGACUACAUUCCUCAGUUUGCACGACACCGAGUAUCAAUUGAAACCUUGUGUGUUAUGACUGAAGAAGACCUUAAGAUUAUGGGAGUACAUGAAGUUGGUUUACGGAAGGCCUUAUUAUUGGCGAUAGAUGAGUAUCGUACAAAAGAAAUGAAAGACCAACCUUGGUUAGAUGUUAAUUCACAACCCACUAAAUCAGCAACGCCAUCAGCUGCUGAGCCGACAGCCCCACCAAUCGAAGAGAUCACAACACAUGUCAACGCAGAGUGUGUAGUAUGUAUGGAUAAAAUGUCUGAUAUGGUGUUCCUGCCAUGUGGACAUGUGUGUUGCUGCUACCAGUGCUCAUCUACAAUUUCUGAGUGUCCUAUGUGUAGAGGAAGAAUCACAUUGAAAGUCAUCAUUAACAUCGAUGCCAAUCAGUCGUAGGUUUAAUUUACACCUUAGUUGUAAGAAAACAUGAUCUCGUUUUGUGUCAUUGUUUUUCAAUCCAGUCAUAUACCCUGGGAGUAUAAGUGCAUUCAUACUGUAGAACUGGAAAUUAUUAUCGUUAUUUUCGUGUAAGAGUCAAGCGUUUCAAUUUUGCACAGUUGAAAUUUUGUGACUUUUCCAAUCUUUUUGUCAUUCCCCACUAAUCGUAUGCAUGGUACUGAGGAAAAGAUAGCGCUCCCAACAUCAUAUCUAAGAUAUAUAUCGGGCAAAUAAAAUAUUCAUGCAUACAGUAUAUAUUUUUCUCAAAUAAUUUCUCGUUCCACAGUAUAUUACAAUGUAUAUAAUCAUCCCUUAGAGCCUACUGCAGUCUACUUUAUAAAAUUCUUGCUACUAACUACUACUGGUUAAGAUACUGGAUUGCUGUCUUAAAUAAAUACCACUGAUGAUUACAUGUAUCUGCGAAUCAGACAUCUGAGAAAAACAUCAGUGAAAGAAAUGAAUGAUAAUCCAACAAGUCAGUCUAUACAAAUUACUGUAAUUUUUAAAAAUGUUUUUAAAUAACUUAUUAGGACAUGGAUCUACUUCUAUUAUUUGUCAACUGUAACAAAAGUGAUUAACAGUGAGGCUGAUAGAUAGAUAUAUACAGUGUAUAUACAACUGAUAUCAUUCAUGCAUCUAUAUGAUACAUACAUUGUAUAUUUCUACAGUUACAGGGUCAAGCGUUCAUUAGCACCAGUUGCUAUCCUGCCACAUACAUUUACACUCAAAGGUGAUGACCGGGAUUAUCUCAGUCAUGAUGCCUAACCAGUGCAAUUUCCUUCUGAUUAUCAUUUUUCAUAAAUUCAUGUAUAUAUCAUGAUUUCAACAUUUUUUUACACUUUUCAUGCAGGCUAGUACACUUCAAAGUUACAGAGUGCCACUUUUGGUAAACUCUCCUAAACCAGCACAUCACCCUAUAUUGUUUUUGUUUUAUAUAUUAACUACUAAGUAUGCAGAAUCAA